AUUCCCUAUCUCUUUUCUUUUCUCUUCUGAUAUUUUUCAUAGGUGAUCCGGGAGAGGAUGAUGGUUGUGGAUGUGAGCUCAGAAGCACGAAUGUUGAGAGGUUACGAGGAAGGGGACCGGAGGAGGGAGCUCGUUACUAGAGACUUGCUCGGCGGCAACGGAGCAGUGCUUGGAUCCACUGUGGUGGAUCUCGAGCUCAAAGUUCCAGCCGGUUGGGAAAGGCGGCUCGAUCUAUCAUCGGGAAGAACGUACCUCCUGAAGCGCAACCCUGAUCCGGCACCCCGGCGAUACCACGAACUCAACCUCAAGCUCCCUCCGCCAUCCUCCGCCGCACACUUCCUGGAAAUGGAGGCAGCCGCGCCGCCCUCGAGGAACCAGAGCGUGUGCACCCUCGAGCAGGUGAAGUACGCUCUCGAGCGCGCCGGGUGCGAGGAGCGGUCCCCCGCUGCCCGCCGCCCCCGUGGCUCCCCAGCGCCUCACUCCUCGUCGAUCACCACCUCCUCCUCGAACAAACGGAUGAUGAUGGCCGAACCGGAAGAGGGCGCGUCGCCGCCCGGGACGAUGGCGGUCGCCGGGUGCCCGGAAUGUCUUCUCUACGUGCUCGUCUCGGUGGUGGCUCCGCGUUGUCCGAGGUGUGUCGCGCACGUGCCGGUCCACAGCGAACCCAAAAAGAGACCCAAGUUUGACCUCAACACCAUAACGCAAAACAAUGACGAGGAUGUUGACUUGAAUUAAUAUUUAUAAGUAUUAUCUAAUAAAAAGGAAAAAAAAUUAAAUAUUUAAUUAGAUUUAAGAGUAGGCAGCCAUUUUUAAAAUUGAUUUUGGGUGUAGAAUUGCUCCAUAAUUAAAAAUAUAUACUAAUCGAUCUCUUUUCCUCUCUUUUUCUCUUUCCAUCACUUCAUUUUUUUAAAGCAAAAUAGGUGUUUUUAUUUGAGGGUCUAUAUUUUUCAAUUUGAAAAAUUUUAUUAUGUAUGGAAAUUUAUGAAAAUGAUAUCUUGUUUAUGAUUUUAACUGUUUGUAAUCUUGUUUAUGAUUUUAAAUCUUAUUGGAGAUCCAUAUUAGUGACAAUAUUUUA